CAUUCGACCACAAUCACAGCAGCCAUCCUGCGGACGAUCUACCGCUGUCAGGCGGACGUCGGGAGAUGUAUGUGUCGCGUCUGGGAUGUAAAUAUAGCCUUUUCUUUUGCUGGCUUUCUCUAAUAACUCCCCUUGUUCUGCCACCAAUUUGCGCGCAUCGCCCUUGUGCCGCAAUGUUUGCAAACACAGAAAGGGGUCUAUAGUCCGAUGAAUAAAAUAAAACUGAGGGAUUGUAGGCGGGACGUAUACUGUGGCCAAUAUAUACAGGAAAUUGUGGUCGAAGGGGAAGAAAGUUCGCCAGCAAAAUAAAACGUUUUCGUUGUCCUCUCGUCACAGUUCUGGCUGUACAAUGGAUUGGAAGGGAGAUACUGGCUGUCACAACCAUGACAGUUGCCAUGGCCACGGGGGUCACUCGCAUGUGCCUGCGGUGCAUGGAUUCGGGGAUCACGGCAGUAGGAUGGCACACGGAUUCAUGCCUGCUUUCCAUGGCCAGUUUGGCCCAAGAGCUGGCCAGAUGAUAGACCCCACUCAGCAGCCCAAGAAACGUUCGCAUAUGGAUGACAGCAGCAGCUGGGACAUUGUCAAGGCAACACAGUUUGGUAUUCUGGACCGAUGUAAGGAACUGAUGGAGGCUGGUUACAAUGUGAGGCAGCCUGACAAGGAGAAUGUCUCCCUCCUACACUGGGCAGCCAUCAACAACCACGCAGAGGUGGUCAAGUAUUAUAUAUCCAAAGGGGCCGUCAUAGACCAACUAGGUGGUGACCUGAACUCCACACCCUUGCAUUGGGCCAUAAGGCAAGGCCACCUCUCCAUGGUGAUCCAGCUGCUGCGGUACGGAGCCGACCCAUCUGUGGCCGACGGGGAGGGCUACCGCAGCCUGCAUCUGGCAAUCCUCUUCCAACACAUGCCCAUAGCAGCCUACCUCAUGGCCAAGGGACAAGAAGUUGACCUUCCUGACUCAAAUGGGCAGACACCCCUGAUGUUGGCAGCACAGAAAAUCAUUGGGCCCGAGCCCACUAACUUCCUGAUGAAGUGCAAUGCGUCGGUGAGUGCGGUGGACAAAGUGGACAGGAACUCUCCGCUGCACUGUGCCGUGCUGGCGGGAAACGUAGACGCCGCCCACAUCCUGCUGGAGGCCGGGGCUAGCGUGGAUGCCGAGAACGCCAACGGUCACACUCCCAUAGACCUGGCCCACCAGGUGCACAGCCCCCUGCUCGUCCACAUGCUCAACCACGUCAAGCAGGAGAGGAUACGCUCCAAAUCCCGCUGCCUGCGCCUAGUUAACCGGUACAGGGUGUGUCUUCAGUUUAUGUUCUGCGUUGCUGUGCUGGGCAGUGUGGGAGCGAUAGCCGACUUGAGCUCAGAAUCCUGGCUGCUGAAAGGGUUUCUGCUGGCCUGUGUGAUGGCUGUGGUCAACCUGGCUCAACGGCAGUUGGCGAGUCCGGCCCUGCAGUCGAUGGUUCCUGCUACAACUCUUAUGGCAUCAGUCUUCUGGAUGCUGGUCACCUGGUGCCUGUGCUUCCUGCCUGAUGGUCCCAGUGCCACGGUACAGGUGUUGUUUACUGUCAACGCCACAGCUCUGCUCUACUACUACCUCCGCUCCUGUCGGACUGACCCCGGCAUCGUCAAGGCAACUGAGGAAGAGAAAAAGAUGAAUGUGGUGUUGCUGGCAGAGGCGGGCUGCUUGGACCCCAGUAUCUUCUGCACUUCCUGUAUGAUGAAGAAGCCUAUGAGGGCCAGUCACUGCUUCUCCUGUGACGCCUGCGUGGCGAAACAGGACCAUCACUCCAUCUGGAUCAAUGGCUGCAUCGGUGCCAGGAAUCACCACUUCUUUGUUCUCUUCCUCCUCUAUCUCUGCCUGAUGGGAGCGUGGAUGUUCUACGGAUGUCUCGUGUACUGGUCAAAGCACUGCCCGCUGCACUACCAAGAGGAGGGUGUGUGGGGUGCCAUCUCUGCCCUGGUGGGCUGUUCUUCCUGGGUACUGGGUGUCUUCUGUCUAGCUUUCUUCCAUACCUCCUGGGCUUCCAUACUACUGGUCAUACAGCUCUACCAGAUUGCGUUCUACGGCCUGACAAACGCUGAGAUGGCAAACCUGGUGCUUCGACAGAGGAAACUCCCACAAUCCAUCUCUCUCAGACAGAACCCUUACAAUUUGGGUGUGGUGCGGAACCUUGUGUCGUUCUUCCAGCUGCGUUGCUGUGGGCUGUUCAAGCCCGCCAUGGUCGACUGGACCCAGCAGUACCCACCCGGCCGAGACCACAUGUUCGGCCAGCCCGACAUCGUCUGACCCCACAGGGGGCAGCUAGGACCUGGAUCCACUAUCGUUCUGGACCAAACGGAUGAAGCUUAUUUAAAAAUAUAUAUAUAUUUUAUAUAUUUUGGACUGCCUGUGAAGAAACACCACUAUAAAGGGAAAUAGCAUGGAGGAAGUUUAUUUUAUGUGUUUUCUUUUGCUACAGACUACUGCUGUCUUACGCUGGUAUAUAUUAAUGAGGGGAAAAAAUUGAAAUCUGAAAUGGAUCAUUUGUGCCAAGUUGAAUUCGCCUUUAUGGCUUAAAUUGUAUAUUAAGUUAGUCAUUGUUUUCUUUUUAAUAUAAAUAGUUGUAUUUUGAUCAAUGUGGUUUUUUUUUAUAAAGACUGUUUUUUUUAAUUAAUAUUUUGAAUGUGUCUGUUUUUAUAGUGUUUGCAAGAGGCUGUAAGUGAGUGUUUUUAGAUUUAAAGGACUGACACUGUAGACAGUUUAAGCAAAGCCUCACAUUGGUUUGUCAGUCACUGAACUAUUUUUAUUGGAGCAUACAGUGCAUUCUCUAGAGCAGUUUGUUCUAAUACUGGUCUUGUAGUACUGUACCUCUAAAUAUGCUGAUUUUCUAUCCAGCCGCUCUCUUGACAGUGGACACGCACCCAAGUACAUAGCCGUUUCCGAUUCCCUCUCCCAUAAGUGUGCGCUCGUUCACUCCCCCUCGUGGAUUUAGAAGGAAUGGACAGGUGGAAGAAAUAUGGUGGACUGUUGGCAGUUGUUACACAAAUGGAGUGUUUUUACAUCCAUUUAAGGGCGAACUAGUGCUCACUAUUGGGAGAAGGCAAGGAAUCAGGACUCAUAUCUCCCAUAACUCAACAAUCCACGAUCCUAUCCACUAUGCUCUUCUCUCUCAGCCUUAAAGCAACAGUCUGAGAUUUCCAGUCAUUUCGAUUAAUGACCAACUGUCUUGUGUUAUCGUAACCAAAACCAAAUACCUAUUCCUCCAUUAGAUGUUUUUUGUUAUUUUAGGAGCAUUGUGUAAACUAAUGUAUAGCGCCAAGUCAUGCUGAGACAAGUUGUGUUCUCAUGGAAUAUCGUUCCCACAAGUCAUGCUGAGACAAGUUGUGUUCUCAUGGAAUAUCGUUCCCACAAGUCAUGCUGAGACAAGUUGUGUUCUCAUGGAAUAUCGUUCCCACAAGUCAUGCUGAGACAAGUUGUGUUCUCAUGGAAUAUCGUUCCCACAAGUCAUGCUGAGACAAGUUGUGUUCUCAUGGAAUAUCGUUCCCACAAGUCAUGCUGAGACAAGUUGUGUUCUCAUGGAAUAUCGUUCCCACAAGUCAUGCUGAGACAAGUUGUGUUCUCAUGGAAUAUCGUUCCCACAAGUCAUGCUGAGACAAGUUGUGUUCUCAUGGAAUAUCGUUCCCACAAGUCAUGCUGAGACAAGUUGUGUUCUCAUGGAAUAUCGUUCCCACAAGUCAUGCUGAGACAAGUUGUGUUCUCAUGGAAUAUCGUUCCCACAAGUCAUGCUGAGACAAGUUGUGUUCUCAUGGAAUAUCGUUCCCACAAGUCAUGCUGAGACAAGUUGUGUUCUCAUGGAAUAUCGUUCCCACAAGUCAUGCUGAGACAAGUUGUGUUCUCAUGGAAUAUCGUUCCCACAAGUCAUGCUGAGACAAGUUGUGUUCUCAUGGAAUAUCGUUCCCACAAGUCAUGCUGAGACAAGUUGUGUUCUCAUGGAAUAUCGUUCCCACAAGUCAUGCUGAGACAAGUUGUGUUCUCAUGGAAUAUCGUUCCCACAAGUCAUGCUGAGACAAGUUGUGUUCUCAUGGAAUAUCGUUCCCACAAGUCAUGCUGAGACAAGUUGUGUUCUCAUGGAAUAUCGUUCCCACAAGUCAUGCUGAGACAAGUUGUGUUCUCAUGGAAUAUCGUUCCCACAAGUCAUGCUGAGACAAGUUGUGUUCUCAUGGAAUAUCGUUCCCACAAGUCAUGCUGAGACAAGUUGUGUUCUCAUGGAAUAUCGUUCCCACAGCUAGAAAUCAAGUGAUAUUUUCUUGUGAAAAUGUUCCGGUAUGCAUUUGAUUCAUUGUUUUCAUUUGUGUUUGAAGCCACACUGAUGGUAUGCGCAUCUUACAGGGUGUGACUUUAAUGACACUGGACACUUCAUUUUUUUUUUGCAGUGACAUUAAGCAUCCAAGCUAUGUUGCUUUUUGUUGUUUUUGUUUUCUGCAUUACCAUGUGAAGUAAUGUGCCAUUGUAACUCACUGCACUGGAUGUUCCAACAAAGCUACGCAAGUUAUUUUAUUUUAUUUUUAAAAAAAAUUUACGAUGGUGUCAAAGCCUUUUGAGUUUAGAUACUCUGUGGGUACAUAAAUCAAAGCUCACGACUGUUUCGGGAGAGAUUGGCAUCUUCAUGUUUCAAUCGAUCUUGCAUAGCCCAGUGAAGACAUGGUAAACCUAAUGAUCCUCUUGUUUACCUUUUGUUAUAAUUGAUAAGUUGGUAUUCAUAUUGGGGGUAAUCCUGUCCUAAA